AGCCACCAAACAUCUAUAUGUAUCGUUGCCCGUUUAGAAACCCACCCGAUGUCAAUCCCAAUUACCUUUUCAUUUUGCAUCGGCACCUAUUAUAUCUUUACUGUAUUCAUCUUCAUCAUACUAUUGACCUUUACCUGACGAAGUAUCGAUCCAGGCAUACUGAUAUUCUCGUCAAUAUAUUUUCUGUCCUCUAAUUUCUCUCUCCUCGUUUAACAUCUUCAAGAUUGGCUCACAGGGCAACAUUCAUAGACAUGUCCUCAUUGGUAAUCAUAUUUUGCACGGCUCGACAGUAGAGGAAGGUCUUGGGUAUCAAUCUUCUUGUAGUGAAAAAGAAUGUCGAUGCGAUGAUCAGUCGUGAUCAUACUUGCUUGUUCCUGCAACUGUUGCAUACUUGCUUUGAUCAUCCUCGGCGUCAUAUCUUCCGGUCGUAAAAAUCGCGGCCUGACGCUGUCCCUCAUCCGCUACGAACUUCCUGGACGCUAUAGCACCAGGCGCUCGAGACAGGGAAUAGACGACUUUUGAACAAAAAUCGGUGGAAACUGAAGACGCCCUCGUGUUCGAGAAAGGCGAACUUGCGGCUUUGACGAUUUCUGUUAAAGAUCGAGUACUAUUCUUCAGUAUCUCGUUUACAGCAAAAGAACAGCGAAGAUGAAUAGUACGAGUACAUCAGGCACGUCGAAGAUGACCAGUACGUCGGGGGGCAGCGGGAUGGUUGUCGGUACCUCAGCGGCCAGCUCUUCCACAUCGAAGAUGCAGUGGUUCGCCAAAGACGGAGCUGAAGGUACUCUGAGUUAUACUAUCUGUCUCAUCUUGAUCUUGAUGAAUAAGCACUCGUAAAUUUAACUUAAGACUAUCUCCCUCUACUUGGUUAUACAACUUACACUUACAUCUCAUCAUCAUUAUGCCCAUUGUCCCCAACGGAAAAAUGAAGGUAGUCUACACGACGUAUAUCUUGUCCAGCUGAAUCUCAAUCACAAUCUGAAUCUUACGUUCCAUUUUCAGAUGAGGAGAUAAGCGAGGAGGUUCUAUACCUUCGUGGAGUGCUAUUGGAAAAAGGAGACGGGGUAAUACUAAAAGCGUGGAGAAAGUACUUCGAUCCGUACUGCAUCGGCGAUGUUACGUUCACCAAGUUUUGCAAGGUACAUACUAUUACAAAUUCUUAGCACCUCAGCAACUAGAGGAAGUUAUUUUUUCUUAUGAAUGUCAAAGGAAUUAACCACGUUGCGACUUAUCUGUAGCACAGAAUAAAAUCGCACACCUUCUGAGAAACUUCACCCAGCCCACUUAAAUAUUACAGGGUCUCACAGCAUUAGGCGCAACAGGUGAAGAUGCGGUGGAUUUGUGGAAAAAAUUGGAUUCGGAUGGAACAAAUCUGCUGACGCUUGAUGAAGUCGACAUGGAUUCCUUUCUGAUGUAUCGACGAUAUUCUUGUAGUGUUUUGAUUAAAGCUAUGCGUAUUUAUUGAUACUGCCGACGCUGACUUUUCUAUUUGCUUUAUGUUUUUCUACGUUGUUGAGGAUAAGUGCACAUACGAGGAACACACAUCAUGAUCAAUUUCAUCACCAAUCUUCUUCUCAUUAACAAUCGUAAUCGAAAUACUUGUACCAGGAUGGAGUAUUGCCAGAAGUUUUGCGACAAGUAUGGUGGCGCGGCUAAUAUGUUUCAGAGUGUCGACUAUAACCGAGACGGUAGGUUGGAUAGAGCAGAAUUCGGAUUCGCAAUGAAAGCGUGUGGAUUUUGCGACGAUCCCGAGUGUCCUCCGUUCUUAAAGACCCCAGAAGCAGUCUCGACCCGACUUUUCCCAGUCUGCGAUAUCUCCGGAGAUGGGAGCAUCAGCUUGUUGGAACUGGUAUUCUACGUGCGUCUUUUGCAGAUAGAAGAAGGAAGUGCUUACCCUGAUUUCAACGGAACUGGAAGUGAUUGGUUUUUGCUCACUCAGGGAAUUGAAGUAGAAGUGUCUUCUGCGAAGACGUAACUUACCCCAUUACUUAGUUUGAGAAAGUAAGGUUGUCUGCGGCAUACGCAACAUGCUUGGCGAUGUCAUGGAAGAUUUUAGGUUUUGUUCACAAGUCCCCCAUCCAUUGAUAUUUUUUCCACAGCUUUUUCUGGAACGCGACGUAAACAAACGAAAGGAGAUACGAGAUAAGUUGUUAAAAGAGAUCCACGAACGGAAAUACGGAAAGCCCAAGAGUAUGCUGGCACACUAUAUGUUGCGUGAUGUCACAAAAGCGACCUCCACUUUGGAUGACUACAUAGCCUUCAUGGAUUCAUACAUGGGCUCGGGCACAGAAGGCAGCGCUCAAGCGGCGGAACUGGAACUACUGGUAACUUCAAUCUAGCAAGUUGUUCCUCUUUCUUUUUAUUAUGUCAAUCGGGAUUUUACUUCCGACUGUAAAAAUGGAUGGUGCUCGAGUUAUGCCGUGUCGUAUGAUUAGUCUUUUUUCGUCUUGUUCAAGUAGUUUCGCAAUCCUAUGCAUCGUGAUUCUUGAGGUUGAAUGACUAAUUCUCAAUUCUCAAUCUCAGGUUCGCCAACGAAAGCCUCUGUGGAUGGGCAAGCUGCAGAGCCAAGGAAAAUACGAUAGGAGUUGGGGUGACGCAGAGAAUGCGAAAUUGGAGGAGUUUUGGAAACUAGAAUCGCAGAUAGCGCAGACGAAGCGAGAGGGCGCCAUUUUCAAAAAGAAAUCUGCGGGCACCUCGAAACAGCUGCCGCCAAUCCUGCAACCGAAAAGAGGCCUCGACGAAGAAAUGGUUCCUUGUCAUGAUAAUACUGUUAAACAAAAAAGUUCUCCUCAACAAGUAGUAGACCAAAAUCAGGCCUAUAAAGCACCACAAUCAAUAAAUCAACCAAAUGCUCCUGCUCGAUCGUUGCCUGGCACGCCACAGAAAAGAACGUUAGAGAAAGCUAAGAUGAUUGCAGCGAUGUCCCCGAAACAAGGUGCAGCAAGUGGGACAAGGAAGGGUCCACCGCCAGAAAUUCCAGUCGAAGGUGGAGGCAGCGAUCGAGGAGUAUCUGCGUCAGAAGGGCCACAAAGCAGACCCCAGACCGCACCCAAGAGUCCCAGCUCGACUAGAAGGCCGCGCCUGGCUCGGCAACCGGAGGAGAAGGGUCGGAAGACGGGCACGCUUGUCGACUUUGAGACGCGACCUUAUCCUAAGCCUGACCCGCGAACUCCAAGGGUAGACGGAGAAUAUCCUAUUCUGAAUAUUCGAAUUGUCAAUGGCGGAGGUUCAGUCAUUGAUGAAGGUUUGUCUCCUCAUGCGAGUGCAAGUGGUAUGUUGUCAGCUUCAGCGAUGAAGACGAAAGAGAAUCCUAAAGAAGAGAUGCGAAUGAAAAAAGAGCAAGAGCGAGCAGCGUCUCCAAAAACAGUAUUCUUUGUGGACCCGAAUAAAGCAAAGUCGACAGAAGAUUCUCCAGCUGGAGGUGUUAAUAGGUCACAGCAGAGUGGUGGAGCGACGGCUACGACAAAAAACAAUUCGAAAGAGACACCGUCAAGUACAGCGAUACCAGGUAGCCGGCCACAGACUGCGCACGGAAGGCUGCAGCAGCCGCAGGCCCCCCGCAAGAAGCCACCACGCAAGAAGCGCGAAAAUGUUUUCAGUACCGAGACGGACACGGGACGUAGCCUCGACAAUUUGGAGCGCUACUCUACAGGAGAACGACGCACGCUCUGUGUAGAUAUGGAGGCACAGCGGUGUCGUCUGCGCCGCUUGGCACUCGAUCCUUGGUGGCCGAGCGAGGACGACAAGUUCAACAAGCAGAUGCUCAUGGACACCCUGGGAGAUAUGAAAAGUGAGGACGGGGACAAGAACAAGAAGCCGGAUCGCACUGGUAUGGAUUCAGAUCGGCCCACCGGCUUUCUGCUAGCCAAAUUAGGGAGUGCAAUCGAUGCCAAUUUUACGGGUGUAGACCCCGACGGCGUAAAAAAUGGAGAAAAAGACAUUCAAGGAAAAGAAGAAGAUCGCGCAAAGGCAGCCGCAACAGCUCGUACGACUCCAAAAAACGGGCGACCACGCAGCGCUGGAGGAGAAUCAUCUCAGCAGGCGUCGCCCUCAGCAGCUUCAUGAUCAGCGCCAUAGCAAGACUGAAGCCUAAUUAUAUUCCAUUCUGUGUCUCCUUCUCCAGUAACCCUGGUGAGCUAUAAGGCCGAGAAUUAUAUCUGUAUCAUGCAGGGUGAUAAAAGAAAAUUGUUUGGCGAGCUUUUCGACCAUGUGCACACGAUGCGAGGCCUAAAGGGGUAUCCCGUGUUCAGAUUGCCAAGGGAAAAAGGAGGCGUAGGUGCUGAUGAAGGAACAGAGCCUAUCCAUGGGGGGGAUACGGUAGACCACGAGACGUCGUGCCACGAGCCAUCGAGAAGACCAGGUCUGUGAGUUGGAAAUCUAUCUAUCAAGAAAUAUAGCGGACAACACAAAAAGAAAAACUAAAAGCCUUGUGAGAACAACCAGUUAUAAUAUCAAGAGUUGGAAAAAUAGACAUCCAACAGUGGAUGACCGUGCGAGUCGAAGGCUCAACUCCAUUUACACACAACCUACAACUACCACACAACAACUUAAGCAACUUUUUAUCAGCCUCUCUCUUCAUGAAUGACAAGAAGGGACACUGAUGAUGUGAACAUGGUGAAUUACAAGUACAACAUGCAUCGUAUUUGAU